UUCAGUGUUUGGAAAAAAAAAAAAUCUGGGACUCCGAGGGGCUGGGCUGAGCGGCGCCAGGACAGCUGAGCGGAGCUUCUGCUGGGAAUCCUGUGUGUCCCUCAGUUUGGUAGCCCUGUGCAACUACCACCGUAGAGAUGUCGCUUCGUUUGGGGGCCACCUGUUUGCUGAGCUUCAGUUUCCUGCUCCUCAUCACUUCUUCGGAUGGACACAUUGGACUUGGAAAGGGUUUUGGAGACCAUAUUCACUGGAGGACUCUAGAAGAUGGGAAGAAAGAAGCAGCUGCAAGUGGCUUGCCGCUGAUGGUGAUCAUCCACAAGUCGUGGUGUGGAGCUUGCAAAGCUUUAAAACCCAAAUUUGCAGAAUCUACAGAAAUUUCAGAACUGGCCCAUAAUUUUGUUAUGGUAAAUCUGGAGGAUGAAGAGGAACCCAAGGAUGAAGAUUUCAGUCCUGAUGGGGGUUAUAUCCCACGCAUCCUUUUCUUGGAUCCCAGUGGCAAAGUGCGUCCUGAGAUCAUCAAUGAGAGUGGAAACCCCAGCUACAAGUAUUUCUACGUCAGUGCUGAGCAAGUUGUUCAGGGCAUGAAGGAAGCUCAGGAGAGGCUGACCGGUGAUGCCUUCAGAGAGAAACACCUUCAGGAUGAGCUGUGACAUGGAUGAGUGUUCUGGAAGAAAAGCCGCAGGGAGCGAACACCGAGGAACCACCCAGAACAGUUAAACCACCAGGAAACCAUGCUUCCUCCGAGUGCUCACUGUGGAAGAGGCCUGCUGACGGGAGCUGUGGAUCCGCAGCGUGCCUGACAGACCGUCUUCUGCUCCCUCUCUCCUAAAUAUCCCUUCCUUGAAUGUAAAGAAUGAAACUGUUUGAUACGAAACUUGAGCCACUGGAGAUUUACUCGAUGUCAGUAUUUGAGUUUUUACCCAUUUCCUCCCGCUUUACUCAUGCUGAAGUGAACAGAAACCGGAAGUGUCUUUUCUGUAGUGUACAAAUUGCGGGGAUUCCUUACCAAUUUUUUUUCUUUCUUUUGAGACAGGGUCUCUCUGUGUAGCCUUGGCUCUCCUGGACUCGCUUUGUAGACCAGGCUGGCCUCCCUUACGAUUUUUAAAGAAGACAUUCUCCUUUAUUCUUGGUGAUAAUUCUGGGCUUCUUCCUCAGUUCCUGCGCCCGUCUUUGCUCAGACAUCCCUGUUUGCACGCAUGCGUGUCAAGAAUGGCCGUGUGCUGGGACUCGGCCCCAACGGGAAGCAUGCUUUCCCUGAUGCUGUUAGAGACACUCAAGCCUUCAAGCCUACAUGGAGCCAUUUUGUCAGUUUCAUCAACUGUAUUUUUGUACUGGGGUUAAAACAAACACAACAGAUAAAAUAUUGUUUCAUUAAGCUUUAUUAAAACUUUAAAUGGGAAGAUGC